GCGCAUUGACCAAAUGAUCGACGCGACAUCCAACCACGAAACAUUAUCGUUCCUCGAUAUGUUUUCAGGAUAUCACCAGAUCCCAAUGAGCCACGUAGACUACACCACCAUUAACAAAGUAUGUCCGGGAGACCCAUACCCCCUACAGCGCAUCGGCCAAAUGAUCGACGCGACAUCCAACCACGAAACAUUAUCGUUCCUCGAUAUGUUUUCAGGAUAUCACCAGAUCCCAACGAGCCACAAAGACGAGGAGAAAACCGCUUUCAUGACGCCAUUCGGCAAUUUCUGUUUCAUGGGAAUGCCGUUUGGCCUAAAAAACGCGGGCGCCACAUACCAGCGAAUGAUCGAUACAGUCUUCGCACCCCAUAUGGGGUGCAACAUUGAGGCCUACGUGGAUGACCUCAUCGUCAAGACAAAGGGCGGGGGCUCCCAUUUGGAAGACCUCCACGAAACAUUCGAGGCAUUACGCAGAAACAACCUUCGACUCAACCCGCUGAAGUGCGCCUUCGGCGCGGAAGCAGGAAAGUUCCUCGGAUUCAUGAUAACCAAGCGGGGAAUCGAGGCCGACCCCAAACAAAUCACAACAGUGCAACAACUCCGCGCCCCCAGAAGCGCCACUGAAGUCCAAUCUCUGAACGACAAGCGAGCCGCUUUAGGGCGAUUCAUCCCAAAAUCCGCCGACAAAUGCGCUCCAUUCUUCCAAACCUUAAAGAACGGCGCUCGAUUCGAGUGGACCCCAGAAUGUGAAGCCGCAUUCAAUGAGCUCAAACUGUACUUGGUAUCACCCCUGUAUUGAUCGCCCCCGGGCUUAAUGAAAAGUUAUUUCUGUA